GAUGGUGUUAUUUAUCUCUAUCUCGCGUUGUUUACCUCCGAUCGGGUCCCGCUAGUUGGCGUUUGAAAGAUGACAUUUCGUAGUAUAAAAAGUUUUUGUGACAGUUUUGUGAUUGAUUGAUUCAGUUUUGUUUUAGCGUGCAUCAAUAAUGGACACUAACAAAGGGAAAAUACCUUAUAUUCCCCAAUUUUUCUUCGAUAAGGGCGAAAACGCAAGCCAUGCAGCUGAAAAUGUGAAUAACGUUUAUGGCCCUAAUACAAUUACAGUCAAUCAUGCACAAUUUCGGUUUCAUUCCGUCGAAAAUAUCGAUAAAAUCAUGAACAUUGUCGCGACCGACCGAAAUGUCCCGGGAAUGCGUUGGAGCAAUUGUAUAACUGCUAUGAGCAAAGCUUCUAUUUCGCGAUCACUACACCAUAUUUCAAAUUUGAUUGCCAAAUUAAAAGCCGGGACGAUUUGCUUCCCAACAACAAAAGAAAUACAAAUAUACGAAUAUAUAUGUAUGAAUAUUCUUUUAACUAUACCAACCGCCUAAUAUUUACACUUUGAUAUGGACGAAAAAAGCAGUGCUGCCUAAGUUUUCAAAAAAAAAUGUAACCAAACAAAAGUAACAAAAUUUACUUUACAGUGAGAAUAGACUUGUAAGAAGUAUUCCUACUUCAAGUACAUAUACAUAUGUACUUAUACUACAUAUACUAACAGGCUUAUUCUCACUGUUACCGAUA